GUGAAAGAUUAUGUUCUACGUAGGUGCGCGGUUAUCUUAUCUCCACUGAUAGUGAUUGUUUUAUCAAAUCGUGUUUCAUUGCUCCACUUUUUCAUGUGAAAACGAACGGAAGCGACUUUACUGCAUUGAAUCUUUUAAAAAUAAAUAUUAAUUUAAUAAUGAGAAGUCCUCAUGUUUCGUUAAAAGAUGGAGUUGAUAUAUAUUUUAGUGGUGGUCUUAUUUAGUGCGGGGGUCGGUGGUGAGUUGUGUCCGAAGCAAUGUGACUGUGACAUGGACAAUGGGUUGAACAGGGCGAUGUGUGUCGAUCAAAACAUUAUCACCGUUGACAUGGGAGUGCCCAAAGCAGUGCAAGUAUACAGUCUGAGUCAUAAUGUUAUUAGUGAAUUGGAUAACUUUUGUUUUAAGGACUUGGGCUAUACAUCGCUUCAAAUGCUGGAUCUCUCGAAUAACCUGAUAUUCUGGAUUGGUCUGCAUGCUUUUUCGGGAUUGGAUAAAUUAGUACAUUUGGAUCUAAGCACCAACAGAUUGAGAUACAUUCCUUCCGAUCUAUUCUUCGAGACGCCAGAAUUGGACACGUUGGAUUUGUCAUCGAACGUGUUUGAAAGUCUUAAGAAUGAACCCUUUUUGAUGCAUUCAAAACUAAAGGUAUUAAAUCUUAACAAUUGCCGCAUUAAGGCUUUACCGCCGCGGUUGUUCAACCGACUACCGAAUUUGAGAAAACUAGAUUUAAGUGAGAACUAUGUAACAAGUUUAAAAACAGAGGUUCUGACACCUUUACGUAAACUAGAGAGAAUAGAACUUCGCAACGAGUUCUGGCUAUGCAAUUUAGAUUUCAUAGCAGUGGAAAAUUGGAUAGCAUCUCGAGGUAUCACUUAUCAAAAACAGUGCAAGAAAAAGGUACCAAAAAUGUCCGAGAAGAUGAUAUUCCUAGUACCAGAUGUGAAGAAAAAGGAAGUCGACGUAAGCGAUAUAUGGAACAUAACGACAGAGAAAAAUGAUUCUGCCGUGGAAGACACAAACAAACCAAUUACACCAUUUCAAAAAUUUGAUCAAGACUUUUCAGCAGUCAAAGCUUUCAUACUUGGCAUCGAAAUAGGCUUAGCAAUUGGAAUAGUGGCAACAUACGUUUGGUUGAAUAGAUUCUGUACAUGUCGUGCAUUACGAUGUACUCGGCCACAGACAAGGAGACAAAGAAGACGUAGAAUGCAAAGAUUUGACGGGGACAUGAGAACUAAUUUACUGUGGACUACUGUUGUGAACCCGGACUUGGAGAGUCCGCCCUCAUUCCGGAGACAGCUCUCCUUGCCUGAUAGAAGUGCACCAUUCCCAACGUAUGGUCUGCCGGAUGUGACUGAAGCCCCAUUACAAAUAGAUGCGAUACGUGUUCCGGAUCGUAGUGAGACACCGCCGCCGCCAUACCAUGACUGCCGCAUUAUUAUUUGAGCUACAAAUGACUGAUAAAUCGGUUCAUUUCUCACAUGUGAUAUUUUUUCGAAUUAAGUCGUUGUUAGUGGAAGCUUGUGAUGACGUCCAAGAUUAGAUAACACCUUUCGUGGUAAAUUUCUACUCGUUGCACUUCGCCAAAUGCGCCUCUUGUGGAACUGUGAGACUGUGACGUAUUGACUUUUAGUGGGUAAACAAUUUAUGUUAGUUGUAAUAAUAUAGCGCUAAAGCUAAAUUAAUGUACAAAAACAAUAAGACUAAUUUUAUAAAAUCGUUAUUUAUUUUAU